GAGAUAAAUAUUCCGCUUCACAGAAAGAAUCACCUCAGUCUUCCCGAAUAUCCUAGAUUUUUGACUAUUCUCGAGGGCAAUCCCCUUCCUUCCCUAACCAUGGACAAAGUACAGGCUUUCGGGAAGAACAUUAGUGCAUCAUUUACCCCUUUCGCAGCCAGGACGCAACAAUAUGUGAAGGAACAACUUGGCCAAGCUGAUGAGAAGACACAACUUCCCGAUGAUUAUAUCGAGCUCGAGAAGCGUGUGGACGCUCUAAAGCUGGUUCAUCAGAAGCUCUUGCAGGUUACUUCUCAAUACUCUAAUGAGCCUUAUGACUACCCUCCCAACAUUCGCGAGUCAUUCAACGACCUUGGCCGUACCAUCAGUGAGAAAGUCCAGCUUCUUUCCCACGCUACAUCUCCCGCUGAAGCACAGGCGGCCCUCACGGCUCCUCCAUCUGCCAAGCCCCAGCCAAAGACUUUCAGCCAUGCCAUCGCGCGCGCUUCCCUGGCUGGUUCUCAGUUAAUCGCGCAGACCACCCCCAAUGGCUCAGAGGAUCCCCUCGCCAUCGGCUUGGAGAAAUACGCUCUUGCCGCUGAACGAGUUGGAGAGGCACGGCUUGCCCAGGAUGCUCAGAUCCAGAGCCGGUUCCUCGCCGGCUGGAACACCACGUUGAACACCAACCUGAUGUUCGCGACCAAAGCUCGCAAGAACGUCGAAAAUGCGAGGUUAAUGCUCGAUUCGAUCAAGGCUAGGAAGGGAGUGUCGAGGGGAGAUUUGGACAGCCUCAGUGAGGAAGAUCGGGCUGAGAUUGAGCAGGCGGAAGAUGAGUUUGUAGGCCAGACUGAGGAGGCUGUUGGAGUUAUGAAAAAUGUUUUGGAUACGCCUGAACCUCUCCGGAAUUUGGCAGAUCUUAUCGCGGCUCAGUUGGAGUACCACAAGAAAUCUUACGAGAUCCUCAGCGAGCUUGCCCCAGUUGUUGAUGGGUUGCAAGUCGAGCAAGAGGCUAGCUACCGCAAAAGCCGAGAAGGAGCGUAAGCCUCCGAAGUAAGGAACAAGUCCUCGGAUAGCUCCCGAUCUCAUCCGUCAUAAAAUUUCCGCUUCAAAAUUCAAUUCGUACUUCGACUAUAUUAGGUUAGAAUUUCCAAACCAAUAUGCAUACGAAAGAGAGGACUCUGGCAAUCUUGUACAAACACGGGGUAUCAGUUACAAUUAAGGGCUCUCUUGCCCAUCGAAUUAGGAUUUCGGAAUCUGUACCCUUCCUUUAUUCGUUUGCCGCUUCGUAUUAUAUUUUUCUCCCGCCUACGUGCAGUUUCAUACUGGUUUUGUGUGGUUAUUCCUUUUGCCGUUUUCCACUUUAUGAGUGUCUUCACACCUAUGUAUAUCCGUUUUUAUGUAUCCCCUUUCCCGCCUCUGCCUCCUGGUCCGCUUAUAUAUUUAUAUUAUUUUUAUGCUACUUCGCCUAAAUUUUAACCCUUUAGGUGCCU